CAGCCUUGCUUCUGAUCCAUACUAGUAGUAGUUACUUCCACCAUGCCAUUGAUGCCUGACCAAGAUUCUUCUUCUUCUCCGGAGAUGAUUCCUUUUAGCAGCAACAGAGUCGGUGAUCCGGAAAUUCUGCACCCCACCAAGUACGAUGUGUUCAUCAGAUUCAAGGGAGCUGAUGUUCUGGACAACAUCCUCAGCCACCUCUACCUUCACCUCAAGAAUAUCAAGAAACUUGUCGCCUACAAAGAUGACGUGGAUUUGCCCUGAGGAGAGGAGAUCUCGCCCUCGGUCUUGCAAACGAUCUAUGUAGUGAUCCUCUCUCGCAAAUAUCCGAAUUCCCAAUGGUGUGUGGACGAGCUGGAGAAAAUCUUGCAGUGUGUGAAACAGCAACACCAGAAGUUCAUACUAGUUAUCCAUGACAUGAGUUUCUCUGAUUUCUGUGGGGCCUUGCCCUUCUCUGUUGCUGCAAAUGUUCAAAAGCUAGAAGGACCAACUAGAAAAAAUAAUCGGCCUCGCCGGACUGGAUUACAUGGUCAUUAGGUAUUCUAAUAAGUUAUAAGUUAAAAU